AUGUCAAUAGACAGUACUACACUCUCAGCAUCCAAUGCGGUGUCCCUGAUCCGACAAGGCAAUCUUACCGUAGAGCAAUAUGCUAAAGCGUUACUGUCGCGCAUCGCUCAGAGGGACCCCAUUGUGCAUGCAUGGGCUUAUAUCGAUCCCGAGUAUGUUCUUGAUCAAGCCCGCAAGCUCGAUAGAGUUCCUAUAGAGCAUAGGGGACCAUUGCAUGGUAUUCCAGUUGCGAUAAAAGAUAUUGCUCUUACGAAAGAUAUGCCCACACGGUACAACUCAGAUAUAUACCGCAGCUCGCAUUCGUCAAGUGUCGAUGCCGCUUGUGUCAUCACCCUCAGAGCUGCUGGGGCCUUGCUACUAGGAAAAACACACACCACAGAAUUUGCGGCGACAACGGACGGUGGACCAUGUGUCAAUCCGCUCAAUAUAGGACAUACUCCCGGCGGUUCAUCAUCUGGUUCAGCGGCUGCAGUCGCAGAUUUUCAAGCACCUAUUGCGCUAGGUACUCAAACGGGUGGAAGUAUCGUGCGGCCGGCUUCAUAUACUGGCAUAUACGGCUUUAAACCAACAUGGGGCGCUAUAUCCAGAGAGGGGCUGGCACAGUAUUCUAUAUCCUGUGACACACCAGGAUUCUUUGCGCGGACAAUUGAGGAUCUCGAGCUAUUGACAGAUGUCUACCGAUUUGAAGAUGUAGCUCAACCAGAGCAAGCAACAGAAUUUCAGAUUCAGGGUGCAAGAGUCGGCUUUAUCAAAACUCACGUGUGGGAUCUAGCUCCAGCAGGCCCGGGGUUGAAAGAGGUGUGGGAGAAGGCAAAGAAUUUACUGAUAGAACAUGGCGCGAUUGUGGAGGAGAUUGAUUGGCCAGAUGAUGACUUUAACAAACUGACCGAUUGGCAUUGGGCUAUAAUAAAUGGCGAGGGACGGAGCGCUUUCCACGGUCAUUACACAUUGGACAAGCAGAACCUAUCCCAAUUUCUGGUUGAUCAAGUCGAAAAUAACCUCAAUUUCUCGAGGGAAGACUUGCUGGAUGCUUUGGAUAGAUCUGCUCGUCUUCGUCCUAUCUGGGAUAGGUUUUCUGAAAGGUUCGAAGUGAUCCUAACCCCCAGCGCGCCGGACAUUGCUCCAGAAGGAACUCAUUUCACUGGAGACGCGCGAUUUUGUGGACCAUGGACGCUAUUGCAUGUUCCAUGUCUGAAUCUGCCGGGCAUUUCUGGAGGAAAGAGCCUGCCUAUUGGAUUAACGCUGGUGAGCGGAAGAUAUCGCGAUAGACAUGUCUUGAAGACGGGUAAAAUCAUUGGAGACAUUUUUGAGAGUACCAAGGCAAAUUCAUAA